AAAUCUCUCUUUAUUUUUCCUAUAAUUUCUCCUCCUUUAAUCCUUCUCUUCUUCUUCACGCCGCCUCUCCUCCUCCUCCUCUUCUUCUUCUUCUUCGCCUACACCGCUUUGCCUUCCCUUUCGAUCCCCCUUCUAUUCCAUUCGAUCAUUCAUGGAAAACCCACAUUUUCUUUUCCAACUUCUUUCAUAAAAAACUUUCCCUUUUUCCUCCACAUUCCCCCUUUUCGCCUUUUGCUCAUCGUUUACUGGAUUGGGAAUUUGUUUGAAUUAUGAACUGAUCGUUGAAACUGAAGAACUGUGUGCCUUUUGCUGCUUUAUAGGCUGAAGUAGGAACGUUUGUGGUACUGUUUCAUUUGUUCUUUAGUUGAGGGGUUUGCUUGUGAGAUACAACAAUGGAGGAGAUGGGUAAUGAACUGGAAUUUGCUGAUCUAGCGAGGCUUAUUGGUGAUGAGUUUCCAAAUGUGGCAUCUGGUAAUGCACAUAAUGAAGAACAAGGCUUGUUUUCGGUACCAGUGAGCUCCUAUGAAGGGCCUUCGGUUCAAAAUUUCGAUAGCAAUGGGAAUUUGAUGGAUGGAAAUAUCUCUAUGAGUAAACUCCAGCAAUUAUCUAGGCAAAAUUCCAUGCCAGGGGACUCGUCCUUGACGCUUGCGUUUGAAAAGUUGAACUUUGGCGAUGAGGCGAAGGGGCGUGCUUGGAAGUCGUUGCAGCAGGGUCAUGCCGUUCUGUUGGAGGAUCAUUACUCAGAGAAUUUGAAUAAACAAUUACACAUUAUGGAUCCAUCAGUGUUAGCUUCUUGGGGUUCUUCUAAUCACUUGAGUAAUGGUGUUCAUAGCCCUCAUAUGACAAAAUUUAGCCAUCAAAACUCUCCUUCCAGACAUAUACCUGAACAGUACAAUAACUGGCAGGUUGGUCAGCUACAGUCUUUCGAGACGUCCUCCCCUGCAAUGCCGUUAACCCAUGAGAUGGCUAAUGUGUCUUCUCCAAAUUUGCAGUUCCCUACCACACCUCAAAUGCAGCAAAUUUUCCAUAACGGGCGGCCUCCGGUUCGUUACAUACAUCCGCAACAGAUAAAUCAUUGUCAAAUUGGUUGGAAUUACAACGAGGAGGAUAAGUUGUAUAGGAUGCAUGAGCAGUACCCAUACCUGCAGCAUCUUCAUAAGCAGCAAAUUCAAUCACAUGAGAACAUUGCAAGUAGGAUUUCAUGUCAGAAUCGUAAGCAGCCAUACUACGAGGUUCCAAUAGCUCACCAUCUCGAACAGUCUAAUUAUGAACCAUCUUGGAAGACGUCUGCGUUUCAUAGGGGUUCAAAUCAGUUUAGUCCUGUAUUUCCAUCACACUAUAUGGACACAAUUCAAGGUAUGGAGAAAUUUUCCUUUCCUAGAAAGAUCCUUGCAAGGAGUCCUAGAUUGAACACAGUUGAUUCUAUGAGGUUUAUGUCUAUUGGUGCUGAUAAAUCAGCCAAUCAUGUCAACCAAAGUAGAAUAAUUCGCUCAAAUAGCUGUGUUCGAUGGAACAAUUUGACUGAAUGCAUUUAUCGUGAUCACUCAUCUGCCAUGUACUCGAAAUCAGCGAGUCUUAAGUUGUUUCCUGAAAGAUUUAACUCUGUUGAUGAAGUCAGGGGUAGAAUAUUUCUCAUGGCUAAAGACCAACAUGGUUGUCGUUUCUUGCAACGAAAAUUUGUGGAGGGUACAGAUGAAGAUAUCGAGAAGAUUUUCGACGAAAUCAUCGAUCAUGUUGUUGACCUCAUGGUAGAUGCAUUUGGAAAUUAUCUAGUACAGAAGCUGCUUGAAGUUUGUAACGAAAAUCAACGGAUGCAAAUUCUACAUAGAAUUACACAGAACCACGGCGAACUUGUUAUAAUUUCAUGUGACAUGCAUGGGACUCGUGCUAUUCAGAAGGUUAUUGAGACUCUUAAAACACAAGAGCAAGUCGACAUGAUUAUCUCGGCUUUAAAGCCUGGUAUAGUUACUCUGAUGAAGAACAUAAACGGCAACCAUGUGGCACAACAUUGCCUCGAUUAUUUAAUGCCUAGUUGCCGCGAGUUACUAUUUGAUGCUGCAAGAAAUAGUUGUGUUGAUCUUGCAACUGAUCGCCACGGUUGUUGUGUUCUUCAAAAAUGUCUCAGUUGUUCCAAUAGCUUAGAACGAGAUAAUUUAAUAAGCGAGAUCACUCAAAAUGCGCUGAUUAUUUCCCAAGAUCAAUACGGGAACUAUGUUGUGCAGUUCAUCCUCAAGCUUAAUCAGCGAUGGGCUAUGGAAGCUAUACACAAACAGCUAGAGGGUAAUUAUGGAGACUUGUCCAUGCAGAAAUAUAGUAGCAACGUCGUCGAAAAAUGCCUGCUAUUUGCAUAUGGAGGACAACUCCCUAAGAUUAUGCAUGAGUUGAUCAAUGAUCCACAAUUUGGUAAAAUCAUGCAGGACCCAUAUGGCAAUUAUGUAAUUCAAACGGCAUUGGGUAAUACAGAGGGUAAUCUUCAUACUAAAUUGGUCGAAGCGAUAAGGCCACAUAUUCCCGUACUCAGGACAAGUCCAUACGGAAAGAAAGUCCUUGCAGUAUUUGGAAAAUGCAACUAACCGUUUACUCGAGCGCUUCUAGUCAUCGUUUCAUCUUGGUAAGAAAGCAUAACAAUUAUUUUCCUUCAGUACUUUCUUUUAGUAAAGAAUUUAGGCCAGGUCUAUCUGGAAACAAACUUAUCAUAGGUGAAGACAUAUCCAUAUCUUCCCUAAUCAUCGUUUUGGAUAAGAGUUUAGGUUGGUCGUUUGGCUCGUUCAUUGGCCGUGUUGUUUUUCUUGCUUUUUUUUUCUCGUUUAUUCGACAUAGUAAAUAAAUCGGUGAAGGUAUAGAAGAGGGUAUAUGCAGUGUUGUACAUUUGUUGGGAUUCUGUUUCUGAAGCUCAUUGCUUGUAGAAGAAGAGUAUAUGUGUGAGAUAUGAGAGGGGCUUGCUUUGUAUCAUGCUACUGCUGCUUCUGCUGCUAUCUUUUUUGGUUGGGCUGUGUAAUUAUCUCUCCUGUGAAUUUAUUGCAAUUUGGGCUC